ACGGGCUGCGCUCACCAUGGCCUGGACCCCUGUGCUCCUCAUGCUCCUCGCUCACUGCAGAGGGUCCCUCUCCCAGCCUGUGCUGACUCAGCCGCCCUCCCUCUCUGCAUCUCUGGGAGCCACAGCCAGACUCACCUGCACCUUGAAAAGUGACAUCAGUGCUGUUAAUAAAACCAUAUUCUGGUUCCAGCAGGAGCCAGGGAGCGCUCCCCGGUACCUCCUGUCUUACUCCUCAAGUCCAAGUUUGGGCUCCGGGGUCCCCAGCCGCUUCUCUGGGUCCAAGGAUGCCUCGGCCAAUGCGGGGCUCCUGCUCAUCUCGGGGCUGCAGCCCGAGGACGAGGCCGACUAUUACUGUCUGAUCUCCCACGGUGGCGCUUCCCACG